AUGCACGCCUCCCUCUUCUUGGUUGCCCUCGCUGCGGUGGCCGGUCCCGUCGCCGCCUGGCCCGGCAUGGGCCCCGGCGGCCACGGCGCCGCGGCCGGUCAUGCCCACCAUGCCCGCUUCCACCACAGCGACAUGUACAAAGAAAUCAGGCGGGCCGCCGCCGAUGCCGAGACGAAGAACGCCGCGAAGACGGUCGCCGUGGCCGCAAACAACGGCGACGACCACCACGAACAACACAAGCGCAGCGUCGAAAUGCUCGGCGACCUGGUCUACCUCCCCGACGACAGCCUGUCCGCGUCCGGCAAGGAAAUCAAGCUGAUCCUGGCUGGCAAGAUGUCGCCGCACGCACCCCUGCCGGUCAACAAGCGGGAGUCCGCGCCGGAGCAUAAGCAGGUCCGCCGCAACAACCCCUGCCGUCCUCAAGCGCCGAGCUCGACGGCCAAGUCUGAGAGCGCGCCCGCUUCGUCUUCGUCCUCGUCCGCCGUCCCUGCUUCGUCCGAGCCUGUUUCUUCCGCACCGGUUUCAUCCCAGCCGGUCUCAUCGCCUCCUGCUUCGUCCACCCCCGUCUCAUCCGCUCCCGCCUCUUCUGCUCCCGCCUCGUCUGCUCCCGUCUCGUCGGCGCCCCUUUCGUCUGCCCUCUCCGAGUCCUCAUCCACCCAGUCCUCGUCCACCCAGUCCACGGCCAGCCCGAGCCCCAUCCCGAGCCCUGCCAGCUGCGAUGUCUGGUCGCAGGUUGCCAAGGCCAUUGUGCCGACGUUCCAGGACGGCAAGAACGGCUGCUCGCGCCUGGCCCGCGGCGCCAUCCGUCUCGGCUUCCACGACGCCGGCGCCUGGAACCGCACGUCGGCGUGGGGCGGCGCCGACGGCUCCAUCGCGCUCAACCCGUCGGAGCUGGCCCGCGCCGAGAACCGCGGCCUCCAGGACAUUGUCGCGCAGACGCUGGUGUGGUACGACGCGUGGCACAGCCGCGGCGUUGGCAUGGCCGAUCUGAUCCAGUUCUCGGCCAUUGUCGCCACCGUCACCUGCCCGCUGGGCCCGCGCAUCAAGUUUUUUGCCGGCCGCCCCGACGACGCCCGCGCCGCCCCCGACGGGCUGCUGCCCUCCGUCGACGGCACCGCGCCCGCGCUGAUUGACCUGUUCCAGGCCAAGACGUUCUCGCCGGCCGACCUCGUCGCGCUGCUGGGCGCCCACUCGACGAGCCAGCAGUUCUUUGCGGACCCGGCGCAGGCCGGCGCGCCGCAGGACUCGACGCCGGGCGUCUGGGACACCAAGUUCUACGCCGAGACGGCGGCCCGCACGGCCCCCAAGGGCGUCUACCGCUUCCCCAGCGACGUGGCCCUGGCCACGUACCAGGGCACGUCGGCCACGUGGCAGCACAUGAGCAGCCAGUUUGCGUGGGACGGUGCCUACGCCAAUGCCUACUUCCGCCUGUCGCUGCUGGGCGUCAACAACAUCAACGACCUGGUCGACUGCUCCGAGUCCGUUCCUUGA